GGCCAUUUCGCAAGAAGUCCAACCUGCAACAGUGAACGGUGAUUAGCCGUUCAACACAUAUUUAGAGCAAUCACCACUACGUGCCUCGAUCAGCGCGUCGUCUGCUACCAACUCCUCAGCCAACUUCCUUCAGCAGAACGACAUGGGCCGAAGAAACUCAUCACCGCGGACCACCGAGGAGCGUGGCCGCCGGCCAAACCUUCGCUCCUGUGCCACCGAGCCCUCAAUUACCGCGUCCAACGUCAGCCGGGGCGCUCUCGCCUUCCCUCACUCGGCGCACCGAGCUGCCGACCUGCUUACUCGGGUCGCUAUCUUCACAUCACCCGGCGGCAUCGCAGACCUGCCUUCCCGGGACGUCCCAUCACCUUCUUCCGUGUCCAGCCGCGGCUCAGCCGAAUCCUUUGUCCGUUCCAGGGCCGUCGACAUGCCUUCAACACCUCCAAGACAUGAGGGCGCACUGGAUGGCAGUCCUGCCUCUGUCGACUCCGGAAGCUACUUCAGCUUUCCCAGUCUUGAUGAAUGGGAAGGUGACAAAGUAGACGAGGAGAACGCAGGUUUCUCCUAAUGAGCUGAG